AUGAAGCCAUCAAAGCAGAACCAUCACUUUAUCCCACGGUUUAUCUUAAGAAAAUUUGUACCGGAGAAUCAACCACCAGCAUUGCCAGCUGCGGAAGCUGGUACGACGAAAAGAAAUAAAUAUCGUGGCCGUGAUUUUCUUGUGAACAAGAUUGAUCUUGAAAGAUGCGUCCUCAGUCAGCGACCUGUCUCAACCGAAUUUUCCCUCGUGGACUUGUAUCGUGAUACUGGUUUCGAAGAAAAUCCUUAUCAUCUCGAGAAGAAGCUUUCACUUCUUGAGUCUCAAACGAGCGAGAUCAUCCGUCGUGCAUGCAACCUGUUCUCUCAAGGCCUGGACCUUGAAAUGGACCGGAUUGAGCUUGAUAGGCUCCGGAAGUUUCUUUUUCUAAUGAAAUAUCGAAACUCGGGAAUGUUUGACCGAUACAACCAUAACCAGAUUGACCAAUACGAGGCGGAUGACCGGAAAAGAUUGUUAAGUUAUAUGCAGUCAAAGGGGUUUACGAGACCGCGUGACGUGUGGUUUGAUAACCUGCGUCGGUUCUUGGAUCUUGAUAUGGACCCCGCGAGGGACUGGAUUGACACCCUCAAAGCGCAAAUCUACCCUGACGAUGCUCUGAUGAUGCAAAUACAUCUAACUUGGAGCUUCAUAGCGUUCUGUGAACCGACCAAUCCAGGGGAUGAAUUUCUGCUGACUCAAAAUGCGUACUCCAUUUUUGAAGGCCCGUCAACAACGAGAUAUAACGUGAUUACCCAAAAGGCCGAUGCCAACUUUUAUACCGAGUACCACAAUUUUGCCCCGAUAUCUCCACGGCUCAUCAUUAUCUUACGAAGUCAUCUUCUUCAGUCAGAAGGUCAAUCGCAAGAUUGGCUCAGGGGGGCGCGAAAUCGACUUGCAAUGGCAGUUCAAUCUCAACAUCUCAAUCCAAAGCAGGAUCAAUACUACACGAUCUUCCCGUUCGACCAUGUCGCCCUAUAAGAAGCCCAUACCACCUCAUCAAUCAUCUAUCACUCUCAAGGAUCACUGAAAUCAAGCUUAGAACAAUAUUUCAAAUCGGAGACGACUGGCAUGAAAGCUGUUCUUGAUCCACGUCACAUCCGUCAUCUACACUUGAUAGCGCUUGAGAAAAUCGCCCGUGAUCUCGGAAGCUCUGUCAGUUGCAGAAUGAAUGCGCCUUGCGGUGUUUCUUCACCUCCACGCAUGUUCAUGUCCUCAUUUGUGACGUACACAGUUGCAUAUAAACUUCUACAUGAGAAGCGUACGGAAAUGCUACCCCAAGCUUAUUCGCUGAUGAAUCCAGAAGCGAGCGAAAGAGCUUUUUGGAGCGAUACCCACCAAGCCGGUCUCAUGAUGAUAUUGAGGACUAAACUUGACCGGGCGCUGAAAACUUCAAGCCUCUCUAGUGAAGCAAAACUUGAGGUUCGCAGUAAUUUACGUGGUUUCUUCAUGGAAUUUCCUCCUGAAAGGUUAUGGCUGUAUCUGAAAAUCUCACGAAACAUGAACAAGUUUGAUGACCAAGACUUCACCAAGCAGAUUAUCGAUCUUGAACUCGAAGGCCCAGAGGAUGAUUUCCCCAGAUACAUAGCGUUAUUCCCUAGCCAGCGAACGAAUCUCGUGAAAGCCAUGUACUACAAAGCUAUAGUGUAA